AUGAUAGAGAAGACUUCGAGGUUGGAGCAGGCAGCCAUCGUCGGCUUAUCGUAUGACAUCCUCGUCCAAAUCAUCGAUUCCCUCGUCGUAAAUGAUGCUGUUCACUUUCUCUCCACCUGUAGCUCCCUGCACACGAUCAUGAAGGAUGAGUGGUUCUGGAAACAUCUCUGCAGUCAUCAUGGCGUGCCCGAUGCGACAGCAUUCGGCGUACAUUCUUUCCGCGCGCUGUUCACCACUUUAUUGUAUCCAUAUUCCCCGCUGCUUGGCCUUUGGGCUGGCGACCACCCGUUCACAGGCAACAUCCUUGAAUUUCGGGUGGUUCCAAGGUUUGGGAAGCAACCCGGAGGGAUCGUCGGGGAGAUGUGGCGAUUUCGAGUUCUUGAGCUGGAAAGCGGGGACGAGCCAGAGGCGCCAGAGACACCGGAAUUCGUCCCCCUUGUCUGGAUAGGAUUCAGCCAACAGGAUUUAGUACGAGGCCGCACUGACGCGGCCACUGCUCUCUCAGCACAGCUCUUUUGCUGUGUGGAUGCGACGAGAAAGCAUGCGAUGGAGCUCAAAGUCUUGCCGGAGACUGCGUUGGGCACCAUCCUACACACUCGCCACGGCCAGUUCAUGCACCCAGACUUUCCCGAUCCAGAACUGUCGGCGUGGCUAGAUACAUGUCGCGCACUCCCGCGCGUGACGGAUACGUCUCUGAAGUCGGCCCAUUAUCCACCCUUGUCUCCUCUGCGCUCCCGGCCGCGUGUGUUCGAGCUAUUUCCCGUCCCCACCGACUGCUGGAAACCCAGGGCAAUCGCGCUCACAUGUGAACGCGGCUGCAUAAAAGCGUCGCAGCCGUUCCUGGGCUUCAAAAACGACGCCCCGUUCCCUCCUCGAUACUACCCCCUACGCCACUGCGUUCCUCGCGGAAUCAGUCCAUCUUCUGACAGCUGGAGCCCUGCGUCGCUCUGCGGCCUCUGGCUGGGCAGCUACAGUUCACAUGGCACGGAGUGUGUCUUCGUCGGCUGGGACGAGACCCGACGUUCUCUGCGCGCAGUCAAAAUCACCGGGGACGAGAACGUUCCUCGCGGCGUGGUGAGCUGGGAGGCGCGUGCCCCUCCUGCGGAUUUCGCGAGCCUGGAUGCCAAUGAGCAACAAUCAUGCUCUCGCGUCCUUGGCGGCGACGUCCAUCGCUGCUUGUUGUUUCGUGGCGCAGGCACGAUGAGUUCCCGGGGCUUUUUGCCUUCUGGCCGGUACUUUCCUUCCAUGGUACUGGCAAUUUCGAGUAUUGAUGAAAUGAACGUGGUGUGGCUGGACACAGGUGCAGAGUGGGGAUCUUCAUUUGUUCGUUGCAAGGGCUGCAGGAGAGAUCCUUAG